AUGACGAUGAUGAUGAUGAUGAUGAUGAUGAUGAUGAUGAUGAUGAAGAAGAAGAAGAAGAAGAAGAAGAAGAAAACUGACUUGCAGAGGAUCAGUCACGAUCGGUUGGACGCCAUCGACGAGCUUAUCGAGGACUUCGAAACUAAGUCCCUCUUUCGCCCUUCUUUCGCAGAUCCUGGUCAAGCACGCGACGCUACAAUAGACGCUCUGCUGCAGAUGGUUGACGACAAGGUCAAUCGAGCAUCAUCAUACCUUAGACUGUUCGGAACCCUCUUUUUCUUCACCGCGUUUGUCUGGCUCCUCUAUCGUUCUAGAGACAUAAGCACGCAGUACCAGGUUGAACGAUCGUUCCUAAAUCUGCUUCAAAGUACUCUCCCAAGUCAAGGAAGAGGUGGAUACACGAAUUCGGAUGGCGGAGCUGCUGGGGUACUGCAAGCCUCGAAGGACUUCUAUUCCUUGUUUUCGGGUCUCGUUGUUCAAACAAUCUUCAGCGAUCCAAUCUGUGGCGACGGUGUAUGCGACUCACCUGAUGAGUUUCCCGGGUUCGGACGCUUCGGCUGCCCUCAAGACUGCGGGGCAUACAUCAACACCACAACAAUUCAGAUCAAUCUCAAGGACGUGAUUGGAACCAGUUCCGAAUCGAUAGGAGGCGACGUCUCCUCCAUCCCAUCCAUCGUUGAAGCCAACAAAGCUGGAUUCACGUACAACAUUUGGAGCGAGAGCAUUCAAGACUUUCUCUUUGCCAAGGAUCAGAACGCUACCAGUACGACUGUUGAGGUGCCAGACGGAAAGUAUUCCCUGGUCAAGUACCAAACGAAGAAGAACUUCGAAAUGUUAGAUCGUGCUGAGUUUCAACCUUACCGAGUAGUCCCAAGCACUAUUCCCGUAGACGUUACCAAGAACGACUAUGCCUUCGGCAUCCGAAGCGAGGUCAUUGCCUGGAGCAUCAUCCUUACCAACGCGAUGGUAGGGUACUGUCUGUACACACCCGGCAGCGCCUGUUCCUCCCUGUCUAUUCCAGAUCUUUGGGUACGAAUUUUGAACUCCUACGGGCUGAGUGGAACGAUUUCAACGACCAAGACGACACUCCUGCAGGUUCCAUAUUGCAGCACCUUUCCUGACGCAGCAUCAGAUUCCAGCUCGAUUGCAAACUUGGAGUUUCUGGCGAAUGCUUUGAUACCUUGUCCUGCCUCCCAGAGAAGGACUAUGGCAAAAGCAGCGAAUGCCACCGGUCGCGACAUUCCGAUUCGACGACCCACCAGGCCCUGGACGAGCUCAGCAGCAGGAGACGUCGCCAUGACUGACCAUAACCCUCGAGACGGUGGGAAACUCUGGAAGCAGAAUUUGAACGGCAGAGGCUCGAGCGUACGGGGGGCAGAGGUCAAGCAGCAUAGUGUAGAAGCUUCAUCGGAGCUCAGAUGGUCUUCUCCUGCCCGUGAGCAAACUAUCUCAAAGGCUUCAGGUCACAUCUUCAGCAGCAGCCUUCAGAGUGACUACUCGCAAUGGUGGGUUAUUGACUCGGGCGGCUCUGGGCCGAUCAACAUCUCCAUCAAGACGAUCUUACCUGCCUCCUUGGGCUACACAGUACGGUAUGGAGUCAUGCAGGUCGUAGUAUGUAGCUGCAGAAGUCUUGAAUACUGCAUGCUCUUUCCCUGCGUUCCAGAAGUCAGCCUCUCUGGUAUUUCCAUCGAGCAACAUGUUACUGUGAAAGGAGGCUCCGCGCGAGUUGAAGUUAUCAACUCCAACGGAGUCGGAUCUAUCUGCAUAGGCUGGGGAGGAGAUGACUGUCCAUCCCGUCCUCUACCUCCUAAGUGGCAGCUGUCAACACCAGAGCUGAGCCAGGAUUGCUCAACUGCACCAACAGCCCACCUCAUCUCCUUGAUGACUGAGACCCCAGGCUCGACUUGGAGCUACACGUUUGCCACCUGUCAAGAUGGUUUCUGCUCGUCUGAACCUAUCUGCGAGGAGGGGAAGAUGCUACAGAAUGGAACAAGGGAACUUGCUUACAAUCUCAACGCAGAUCGAGACGGAUCAAAGUAUUACAUCGUCGCGAUCUCAUGCAUACACAACGUGUCAAGCGAUUAUCUCUUCGCUUCUCUCUGUAUUCGUCCUCCCCCUAUUGUCUCCUUUUCUUUGACGGGAGUAUUCUUAGCGGGAGUUGCUUCAGCAGCCUUUGAGCUGCUGCAUGCCGCAUUUUCGUCGUUUUCAGGUGCACCCCAUGAAAACAUUUUGGUGAAGGAAGCGACGACAGAGCAAGUAUCUAACGGUCAGACAUUUGCGGUCACGUUUCGCAUCUUCAGUCAAAGCAACAUCCAAGCAGUUUCAUACGCUGACGAUCUUGUCAAGCACUUUACAAGCAUUCAGACAAAAGUUGCUGAAAGCAUAUCCAAUUUGCAGUUACUGUCCUACAAGAUUGAUUCACCGCUCGCAUAUCUGACUGAAGGGGCCUAUCCUUGCGUCACACACUAUGAUUGCUUGGAGAACCUCUUCUGUCAGCAAAUCCCCGGCUAUUCUGACUUUGGUGUGUGUGCCAGAUGCAACUUCUGCACUGAUAACUCUGAUGCCUUCAACGGAGCAUGUCCGCAAGACAAGUGCCCAGGAUCCGGCAGGUUCUCGGGGUGCACGGACGCAACUAAGCUGCUGCAACUGAUCAAUGAUAAGUGCUCGGACAACAACCCAUUCGAGGUCUGGAGCUACGGUCCUGCAGGCAGGCCUCCUCAAAUCAUACCUUCCUUCCAGCCGAAGCUGCGCGAAAUCACUAAAAACAAUCGAAUGGUCGGGGCGGUUGUCGUCACGCAGAGGAGGAGUCCGACGACAUCGUGCUUGCAGAAGAUUGACAGGAUGGACGUCAGACAAUAUGCUGCAACAGUUGACUCCGGAAAGUAUUGUCCCGCAACAGGCACCUACGAUUCGACACCUUACGGGUAUGAUCCAAACUUCAUGCCCUUCAGCAACCUCUACAAUCCCAAGCUGUCCCCAGAAGUCUUUUACGCGCCAAGCGAGAGGUACGUGCUGAAAGAUAGCAACGGCAAGGAAUCUUUGUCGUUUCCCAAAGGGUUCUAUCCCCAUGAAUAUGAUCAGAACCGACUUGACACAAACCUUGAUGGAAUGCUGUCGGACGGAGAACGAAGCGCUGAUAGCAGCACUUCAGUGUAUAAGAAGCGUUCGGAGAUCGUGGAAGGCAGCAGAAGCACCUUCAAGCUUUUCUUCGACGAGAGGCUGACGCAGAAACAAGCUGAGAAGAUGGUUACCUUUGCUCAGGACGGUCAGUUUAUCGACUCACAGACCUCGGAAGUCACAGUUGAGAUUCUCACAUACAGCGCAGUACACGGAAUGUUCUGCUACUGUCAGAUCUUCUUCACUUGGGACAACGGGGGCAACAUUGACUGGAACUACAUGCUCGACAGCUUCAACGUAGACCUCAUCUUGUAUCCAAGCCCCCUAACUAUCUUCCUUAUGCUCUUUGUCAUCUGCGCUCUGUGCAUCAAUGGCUACAUGGAGACGAUGGAGAUUCUCGGGAUGGCGAGGAGGUUUCUGCUUAAGAAGUACGUGCUCGACCCCUUCAACUGGAUCGAUUGGCUGCACUUCAUAUCCAUGCUGGGGACGAUCAUAACUUGGAUCCCUGUGUACCAGGCCAUGCACCAGUUUCAUCUCAGUCCCAACUACCCCGUCCUAUUUUACGGCCCCAAUUUUUCUAACUCUUCGAGAAGGAAAACGUUCUUUGAUCCUCCGAUCACAGCAGACAAACCUGCCCAGGCACGGUACUUUCGCACGGUCAGCAGCAAGGAGUAUGAGUUCCUUGACUUCCUCAGCAAGAUCCAGAGCAUCGCCUCGGCUCUGAGAGUCAACUCUGUGUUCGCAGGUGUGACCGUCGUCAUGUUCAUCCUGCGCUUGUUGAAGUCAAUGGACUUCCAAGAGAGGAUGGGGAUGGUGACGAGAACUAUAGGACGUGCAGCAGUCGAUCUCUUCCAUUUCCUGAUCCUUUUCGGUAUUGUUUUGAUUGGAUUUGCUAUCGUUGGCAACGUUAUGUUCGGACACUUGUACGAAGGUAUGAAGGACUUGUCUUCAUCUGCAGAGACGUUGAUGAUCAUCCUCGUCAGCUUUGACUCGACGCAGUUCUACUCUACCAUGCAACACGCGGCAGGUUCGUUUGCUCUCCAGAUCUUCAUCUGGUCGUAUCUCUUCAUCGCCUUCUUUCUUCUCAUGAACAUUUUCCUCGCCAUCCUCGUCGACGCGUACGCGGCAGUGAAGGAGGAGACCCAAGACGCUGACAGCUUGCUGACGGAGCUCUUCUCUGUCCUGCUCAACGAGACCCGAGCAAGGCUUCCUCAGAGCGGAAGGUUUAUAUCAGAUCGGAAGCUUCGGAGCCUUCUUCUUGAGGGCAACAAAAGCAGUCAGUCCGAGACCAACGUGAAGCAAUGCAUCAAUCAGAUCAUGGACAGCGCCAAAACACUCGUAGUACCCGGAAAUGCGCAGAUAGACAUGCAAGGUCUGAAGGAGCUGCUCAAGCACUGCUCGAACCCCGCGACCGAUGGCGGGUUGAGAAGCUUGGAGGAAUACAACGACGAAGCGCUUUAUGAUUUACUUGAGAGAUAUGGAAGGAGCUCUGUUGAGAUCCAAGAAAGGAGAAAAGAGGAUGUCAAGCAGCUGUCGGCCUGGAGAGCAUGA